AUGGCUUUCAUCAAGUAUCUUGUCGCAAUAUUUGCUACAGCCGUUCCCGCCACCCUCGCCAACCCGGAUUGCUCGCCGACAGGCGCUGGGACCUGCACUUUGACGAUCUGGGGCGACAAAGCAAUGGAGUCCAUUGCGAACCCUCCAUGGUUCCCAAUACUACGGGAUCGUAUGGACUGGAAACAUGCGGUAAUUUCCAACAACGCUUGCGAGGAUAUUUCCGGGGACGUGAAACCCUACCAAGGCUACGCCAUGGAUUCCCAAUUGCCAUACACCGUCGUGUUUGAAAGGCUUAGCCCGUAUGGCAAUUACAAUAGCUUUCGCUUCUGCUAUGCUGGCUCGUGCUACGACGGAGGUGCAGCUUGUGAAAUACGAUCCCAGACGGGCGAUUAUUGGGAAACAAAUUAUUGCAGGCGGGCUUUCGAUUGCUAG